GGCCGGGCGGGUAACCCAGAGCUGGACGACUUCGGCGGCGGGGUCAGUGCGAUGGCGGAGCCGGUGAGGAAGCGGGGUCGGCGCGGCAGAGGCGGCGGUGGCGGCCGAGGAGCUCGGGGGGUCCGCGGCCGGCGCCCUGGCGCCCAGCGGAGUCCCGCCCGGCGCUCCGUGGAGGCGGUGCUGGUGGACUUGGUCAGCGACAGCGAGGAGGAGAUCCUGGAGGUUCCAACGGCGCGCGGCUCCGCGGACCCGGCCGGAGCCCCGGAGUCCCCCGCGCCGGCCGCGCCCCCCGACCGCCGGGGCGACAGCGACAGCGACAGCGAAGGGGCGGACGCACGGCCGGCCGGAGCCCCUCGCACCCUGGUCCGGCGGCGGCGGCGGCUGCUGCUGGCCCCGGGCGAGGCGCCGGCGGUGCCGGUGUACUCCGAGAAGGUGAAGAGCAGCCUCCAGCUCCUCCCGGAUCACCUGCCCCUCCUGAAGCUCUGUCCCCCGGGGGCUGAGGAAGAGGGGGAGAUGGCGGACUCCAGCAGUCCCCAUGCUGAGGAUCUCCCAGACCCUGACUCUCCCUGGAAGAAGCAGCUGAGGAGCAAGGCUGAAGAAGAAGAAGAAGAAGAAGAAGAAGAAGAAGAAGAAGAAGAAGAAGGAGAGAAAAGUACGGUGUCGCUGUCUCAGGACACCUCUCCUUUGCCCUCACCUCUGCCAAGGACCAAGAGCAGAAAACAUACUCGAGCUCUCCAGAAGUUAAGGGAGGUGAACAAGCGCCUCCAGGAUCUGCGCUCCUGCCUGAGCCCCAAGCAGCGGCAGGGCCAGGACCUCCUGAGCCAAGACGACGAGGUGGUCCUUCUGGAGGGGCCCGUCCUCCCAAGGAGCCCUCGGCUCUUCCAGCUCAAAGUCCGCUGCCGCGCUGACCUGAUCAGAUUGCCCGUCACCAUGUCGGAGCCCCUGCAGAGAGUGGUGGACCACAUGGCCACCCACCUCGGGGUGUCCCCAAGCAGGAUCCUCUUGCUCUUUGGAGAGACAGAGCUGUCCCCCACGGCCACCCCCCGGACCCUGAAGCUUGGAGUGGCUGACAUCAUUGACUGCGUGGUGCUGGCGAGCUCCCCCGAGGCAGCAGAGGCCGCCCAGCUGCUCCAGCUGCGCGUGCAGGGGAAGGAGAAGCACCAGACGCUGCAGGUCUCGCUGUCCCGGGACUCUCCUCUCAAGACCCUCAUGACCCACUACGAGGCGGCCAUGGGACUCUCCGGCCACCAGCUCUCCUUCUUCUUUGAUGGGACAAAGCUUUCAGGCAAGGAGCUGCCGGCUGAUCUGGGCAUGGAAUCCGGGGACCUCAUUGAGGUCUGGGCCUGAAACCCCACUCCCUGUGGGGAGGCCCUCGUGGGCCCCCCACUACUGGACUUGGACAACAGCUGCCCUGUGGCCCUAAAGGGCUGGCGGAAGCUGAGGUAGAACUUAUUUUUAAGCGGAAGCAAAACCGAGGCUUGGUGUUUGACCCCCUCCUGUUGACCUGAGUUUCACACUGCUGUUGUGUUUGUCAUGGCUGCCCGGGGGGACUGUGGCUCCAUGCACAAGGUGUGCUGAGCUUUGCGAUCCCCCCGGACAUUCUCCACCUCCACCUUUUCACUUCCACCAUCACCCUUUCCUUCACUGGACUGCUCAUGUUUGAAGAGGGAGAGGAAUAAAGAGGGUUGAGAAUGGGAUUCCAGCCCUGGGACUGAAGCCACACCUAGGACACAGCGGCUGCAGUGUCACUGGGGAGGCGGGGAGGUUCGCUUGAGGCACACCAGCAGGAGAAGAAAGGAUCACACCCAGACAGGCAGGAGCUCACACAGGCAGACGGGCUACUCAGUGAAGGGUCUCGAAGGUUCUCGGCCUUGGAGUCAGCACACCAGGACUCAGAGCCCCUCCUGAGGCGCACACGUCGCCAAGGCACCCUGAGCAGGGAAGCCUUUGAUUGGACCUCAGGCCUGGUCCACACAAGGCUCUCUGAGGCCCUGGUUUCAUGGCUUUUCUCCCUCCACGCCACCUUCCCAUGAGCACCCACUCUAGGAUGUCGAUGACGGUCUCUGAUUAUGAAUGUGUCCUUGCACACGCAGUGCUGCACGUGUGAAUAUCCUUCUCGGGUACGAGGUGUGCUGUGACCUGUGCGGCUCCUUUUCUCACCCAGCACAUCGACCUUGUUCCUCAGUGGGCAUCGUGUGUCACGUAUGCAUUCACUGGUGGCCCCUAGGCGACUCCAUCCCUUGUACCCACACCCCCUUGGCACACAGACACAGCCACGACGAAUGCCCGGCUGUGUCCCCUUCCACGCUGGUGUGACAUGUCCUCUGGCACAGACACCAGGCCGGGGUUGUGGGCCAGGCUGAUUUCUCUUCUACCAGAUUUGCCUUAGAUGUCACCGACCCUCCACUGGACGCUCCCCGUUUCUCCCGCCCACACUGGCUCUUGGAUUGCCGGGCCCUCUUUGCCAGUCUGCCGGUAUAAAUGGUACUGUGUUCUAAUGGACACUGACUUCAUUCCCAGGAAUUUAGGGAAUUUCUUCAUGUACCUGUCAGCCUUUCUGGUUUCCCUUUCUGUAAGCUGUUCCUUUCUCU